AUGUCGUACGCCAACGGCCAUGCCUUCCCCGACGAGGACGUGGAGGAAGAGACGCUCGUCGCCGACUACCAGGAGCAAGUGAACAAUUACGCGGAUGAAGGUGCAGACUUGGGUCGCGCAGACUCAAUAGUCAGUGGAGGCCCAGCGGAUCUCCGAGCACAGCUUGAAGCCGCUGCUGCUCCGCUCGAAUUUCAGGCGAGUUUAGAGACAAAGUUCCAAUCGUAUGACAACUACUGCUCGCUCUUCCACUACAUCCUCAACUCGGACGGCCCCGUCGAGAUCGAAACGCCGUCGUACUUCUGGGCCUGGGACGUCAUUGACGAAUUCAUCUACCAGUUCGAGUCCUUCUGUCGGUAUCGAAAUCGCGUUGCCCGCACGGCGCCAACCGAAGAAGAAGCGCAAGUCCUGCGCGAAAAUCCAAACACAUGGGGCUGCUACAGUGUUUUGAACGUGCUGUAUUCGCUCAUCCAGCGCUCGCAGAUCAACGAGCAAUUGGCCGCCACGAAGCGAGGAGAAGACGCCCAGGCCGUGGCUGGCGAGUACGGAUCUCGCCCUCUGUAUAGGAUGUUGGGAUACUUCUCCAUCAUUGGCCUGCUGCGGGUGCACUGUCUGCUUGGGGACUUCAGCCUCGCGCUGAAAACUCUCGACGACAUCGAGAUGAACAAGAAAGCCAUGUUUGCCCGCGUCAUGGCCGCCCACCUCAACACCUACUACUACGUGGGCUUCAGCUACAUGAUGCUGCGCCGCUACGCCGACGCGGUGCGCAUGUUCAGCCACAUCCUGGUGUACGUGUCGCGGACCAAGAAUUUCCAAAAGGGCCCGAACCAGGGACAGUUCGACGCCAUCGCCAAGAAGACAGAGCAGAUGUAUGCCCUCAUCGCCCUCUGCGUGUCUUUCGCCCCGACACGCUUGGACGACAGCAUCCACACGACCCUCCGCGAGAAGUACGGCGAGAAGUUUUCCAAACUGCAGCGUGGCGGGCCCGAGUCGCUGCCCAUCUUCAAGGAACUGUUCCAGAGCGCGUGCCCGAAAUUCAUCAACCCCACGCCACCGGACUUUGACAACCCGAGCCUCAACAUCGAUCCCGUGGACCAUCACACUGAGAUUUUCAUGGACGAGGUCAAGAACACGCUCUUCAACCCCCUGAUCAAGUCGUACCUGAAGCUCUACACCACCAUGUCGAUUCAGAAACUGUCCAACUUUCUCGACGUGGAGCCCGAGAAGCUGCGGUCCUGGCUGCUCGUCAACAAACAGCGCAGUUGUCGCCAGAUCCGCUGGACAGAGGGCGGUUUGCUCGAGGGCGAAAUCGUGGGUGUGCUAGGCAAUGGCAGCUCCGAAGGGUUGGACUACGCCAUCGAAGGUGAUUUGAUCCAUAUCAGCGAAGCGAAGCAAGGGCGACGACUGGUCGAUUGGUACCUGAGGAAUCUUGCACGGGCCUAUUAA